CCACUGCUUUUUAUCAGUCAGAUUAGUAAAUUCCCAAUGACACUUUGUUGCCAUUCAGUUUGCAUUUACUGCAUCAUUUCCAUGAUUAGGCCUCUAUAAAAUCAGAAGUGUAUGGAAUAAUUUUAUCCCACAAAUUGCCUGCAAGGUUUCAAGAUGAACAUUCCAUUGUCUUUGCUAUCCAGUAUGAGCACAUGUCAAGUUCAAAUUCAUGGUGUCUGUGUCAAGGCACACUUGAUUGAUCAUGCUGCCUUGGUUGAUUCGCAUAUUGCUCAAACGAAAACUUCUAUGAAGUCCUGUAGUCUAUGGAGGAGUCGUCUUUUUUCUCUUGAUGUCAAGACUGAUGAGAACAAUGUACCUCAGUUGCUCAUUCUCUGUGCUGGAACUCAAUGCUUCAUAAUUCAGUUAGGCUACUUGGAGUCUUAUCCCUAUAACCUCAGUGAUUUAUUUAGUCAGGAGGAUUUUUGUUUUGUUAGUGCCAGAAUGAGUCUUAUUUUGAGGUCCUCCAUUACCUUCAAAUUAGGACAAAUCUUGAAAAUUGGUGCAGCCUGUAAGAAUGGAAUUGACCUGGGUUAUAUGGCGGCCAGAGUUCUAAAGAAUCCUGAUCUCAUUCAAGAACGUAGUUUGGAAAAGUUGGCUGAAGCAGCUGGAGUAACAUUGAAGCAGCCAACUUUAUUCGGCACCAAAACACCUGCAUGGAGUGCAAGGGUGUUUACAGCUGAGCAGAUCAAGCUUGCAAUACAUGAUGCUUAUGCAGAAUACCUCAUAGGGUUCAAACUUUUGGAAAAGAUUUACUGUUGAGCAGAAUACCACAUGGAGUGCAAGGGUGUUUACAGCUGAGCAGAUCAAGCUUGCAAUACAUGAUGCUCACGCAGAGUAUCUUAUAGGGUUCAAACUUUUGGAAAAGAUUUAGGUGUCGAAUUGCUUCAAACUUUUGAAAGUUUAAUGGGGUUAUGUAUGUGAUAUGGGUUGUAUUUUGCCGGUAUGUUCUCUUCUACACUUUGUUCUGCUGUUUAUAUUUGCUAAGUUCUGUCUGAACUACAUAAAAAUGUUCUAUUUUA